AUGGAUGCCAACAAAGUCCUGUCCACCCAGACUACGAAGAUCACAUUUGAAUCCGUCACAGUACUUAAAGUGGGCCAUAUUGCCACCAGUGCUCUGAAGCCUCGACAAAUCAAGGAUCGUUCCGGAUGUCUAGCCUGCAAACGGCGCCGGGUGAAAUGCGACGACGCUAAACCGACAUGUAAACACUGCGAAACACGCGGAGACGUCUGUGAGCGGGCCGCUGACGUGAGCCAAUGGCGGGUGACGCUUUCUCAGCCUCGUCAGAUCAACGACGGCAACGGAUGCCUUGCCUGCAAACGACGCAAAGUCAAAUGUGAUAAGACCCUGCCAUCUUGUCGCCAUUGCCAGAGACGCAACGAGCCGUGCCAGAGGCCUUCACCACCAGGUAUGGUCGUGAGCGCUUUACCGCGCUUGCCGGAUUCGCUGGUGGCAGAGCGAGGAAUCGAUUUGCCCAACGCAGAUUGGGACCUGCUGAACGAUUGGUGCGACCGCGUCUGUCGCAUUUUAUGCAAUUUUGGCAGAGAUUCUAAUCCUCUUUCUUUUUCCAUGCUCGAGACCUUGACCCGGUCCCGUGCCGCGACACAUACCCUCCAAAGUUUGUCUGCGGGAUAUCGAGGAAAUUUCAGCCUGCCGCAAGCAACCCGCUCUCUCGAAGAGCGAAGCAAAGCGCUCAAAUGUUUACGGGAAGAAAUCGAUGAGAAAGACUGUGCAACCGAGGUGAUCCUGUUUACAGUCAUCAUCUUAGGCCACUCGGCCGGAUGGCUUAGCGACGACACAAGCGAGUUUGGUCUGGAACACCUUCUCGCGGCCAAUACCAUCAUCAACGGCUUGCUUCGAGACUACCGGGAUGACACGAAGAAGAGUGAAUUGUUCUAUCUUGCACUCGGUAUGUUUUUGUAUUGGGACAUGACUUGCUCAUUUCUAGCACCUCUGGAACGCCUUCCCAUUCGCAACCCUCUCCUAGCCAAAGUCGCAAAGCGAAUGGACACCGGUGAGCGUCCUCAUUCGGUUGUGGGCAUUUCUAGUGAGCUGCUUCUUCUGCUGGGAAGCGUCGGAAGGCUGUGCCGCCGCGUGUGGGAAACAAACGUAAGUCAUCCAACUCUCGAACGCAAAUUGGAGGCGCAACUUUUGCAAUGGCAACCACCGGCCGAAACUCCAGAGCUGGAACAAGCUAUCGUUGUCGCUCGUUGUUUUCGUUCGACGGGUCUCAUUAUGCUUUAUGGCCUCGACCAAACCACGGAACAUGAAGAAUCGAUGGCCAUUCAAGUCAAGACCGUCAUUGAGAACUUGAAGAGAAUUCCGGAAUCGUCGCCUUACUAUGGAUUCCAGGCCUUUGUCCUUGCCGUUGUAAGCAGCGAGGUCAUGGACAAAGAUUCUCGAGAAUUUUUCGUCCGCCAAUUCCACCAACUAUAUAAACAUAAUCGGCUUCGAGCAAACUACCAGGCCCUGCAACUGACCCAAGAAAUCUGGGCGAAACGCGAUUUGGGACGAAAAGUUACCUUGCCUCAAAUAAUGGGUCAAAAGGGUUGGUCUGUUAUGCUUGGCUGA